UUAGAGAUGUCACAUUUCCCAUUAAUGGCAGCAAGAUUGCCUCCAACACAACCUCAACAACAACAACAAUUUACUAUACCAACAACAACAGUCCAUUGUAAUCUGUCCUCAUUACGACCGCCUGUUCAGAUGAACAACUUCAACAAUAUUAACAACAGCAACAAUGUUUCUAAUAAUAAUAACAACAUUCCUUCUUCAACAUCAACAUCAGUAUUCAAUCCAAACUUUUCAACCUUUUUAAAUAAUUCAACAAAUAAAUUUGUUUCCCCCAAUUAUUCUUCUUUUCAUGAACGUCCUACUGCUCAACUUCGACGGGCUUCGUCUGCUUCAGCUUGUAAAUUUGCUGUUGAUCGAUUAAAUAAUUGUAAUAAUGUUGGCAAUAGACCAGCAAGUUUACAACAUCAUGAAUUACUUUUUUAUGAAAAACCCCAAAUUUCUUCUCAACAACAAUUUAGUGAAAGGAGAGCAUCAAUUACACAACAACAGCAACAACCUCUUUUACCUCCUUUACGUAAAUUUGAAAAUUUGGAAUUUAAAUCAAUGGAAGAAAAAGAAGAGGAAGAAGAAAGGCGUAGAAGAAGUUAUAGUAAUAGUGGAAUUUUAACAAAAACAGAAAUGGUUAUAGAUGCUGACAAAAAACUUGAAAUUUUACAAAAUCAAAGAAUUGCGUUGAAACAAUUACAAAGUCAACAACAGCAAGGAGAAGGGCAUAAUUCUAUGGAUCAAUUACACAACUCUUCUCCUUUAUCUCUACGCCGUAAUAGCACAAGCUUAAUUAAUCACAAAACUGUUGUAAUUAAUGGUAGCAAUGAAUGUCAUUUUUCCAAUGCUAUUUCUUCGCCGCCCUCGUUGAAUACUAAAGAAAUUCUACCACCUACAAUAACUAACUAUAACAACACAAAUAAUAACAACAACCUAGUUUCACCAGUUUCUUCAUCUUCAGCCAUUUCCUUAGCAGUUUCAGCACUUUUUGGUUCUACUAGUACACAAGACAAUUCAACUUGUUUUAAUUUAAAUUCUGAACGUAAUAAUUUAUCUUCAAAUGACUCCAAUGUUACUCUCUGGCAAUUUUUGUUGGAAUUAUUAACUGCCAACGAGCAUCCUCAUUUGAUACAAUGGACUAAUAAUGAAGGGGAAUUUAAGCUUCACGACGCCGAAGCAGUUGCUCGUUUAUGGGGAAUUCGUAAAAGUAAACCAAACAUGAAUUAUGACAAAUUAAGUCGAGCACUCCGUUACUAUUAUGACAAAAAUAUAAUUAAAAAAGUUAUUGGACAAAAAUUUGUUUAUCGUUUUGUUAUGGAAAAUAAUGGAGGUGGAGGAGGAGGGAAAAUGUUAGAAAGUGGGGAAUCUCGUCCAAAUUCAGAAUUAUUAAUGAAUGCAAAACAACAGCAACAAUUACAAUUAUUAGUUAAUAAUAAUAAAAAAGAAGCAACAAAUAAUACAACGGCUAUGGAUAGAUUAUCGGCUUUUGAAUGCUCAACAACACUUGCCCCUACACCAAUGCAACAUCAAAGGAAUGCUUCUGGUAAUAGACAUAAUAACAGUAUAUUAACUCCUUCUCCAUCGGACAGUUAUAGCCCUUCUGGUAGUGUUGAAAGUAGUAGCGGUGUUAGUAGUGGAAGUUGCCUUAGUUCUUUUAACGGAACAGGGAUUUGUCAAAUAAAAAUGGAGCCUUCAUCUUCUUGUUUUCAACAACAACAAUAUGUUUCAGCUCCAAUGUUACCUUCAAAUUCUGAAAAAUUAAUUGUUAAUGGAAGUAGUAAAGGAACACGUAAACGUAGAAGUCCUUCAGAUAAACACCAGAAUAAUUUGCCAGUAAAGCAACAUUCUCCACCUAAUGGAAGACAUGUAUCAUGGAUAAAUUCGGGAACAGCAUUUUCAGCUUCUGUUGAUGUUGCUAAUAAUAAUGACUCUUAUUCAUCAAUGGCCUCCAUCGACCAGCGUCGAAAUAGCAGCCAGGAUGACCAACAUCAAGGUUCUGCACCCAAAAUAGGUUGCACAUCAAAUACAGGUCCCUCUCUUUGCCGUCGUGCUCGUCCACACCCUCUUGACCUAACUUGUGUAAAUAAUGCAACAGACACAAAUUCAUGUAGCAAUAGUACAUCAACAACUACAGGAGGUGGAGGAGGGACUUCUUCAACUACAUCUACUAAUCAUUUAAUUUCUGGCAACAAUAUUCCUCAAAAUUCUUCUUCACUUUUAAAUAAUUUAAAUAAUCAAAUGGUAGCAUCUUCCCCUCUACUUUUUGCUCUACAACAACAACAACAAAAUAAUCCUCAAAAUAGUCCUUUACUUUCUGCAGCAAUUUCAGCGUUAAGUAAUUAUACUGGAGGAGCAUCUCCUUUAGCAGGGACGGGAUUGGCUUCACCUUUCACUCAAGCUGCGGCAGCGUUUCAAUUAGCAACAAAUUUUGUAGCUAGUUUGAGUCCUAAUGUUUCAACAACAACUAGCAACAAUUCAAAUAAUAACAAUAGAAGCAUAAAUAAUUCCAUUAAUUCAACACUAACUCCAUCAACAACAACAACAAUAAUAACAUCUACAAAUAUCCCAGUUUCAACAACAUCAACAACUACACCACUUUUUAAUUUCCCUAAUAAUACUCAACAACAAAAUAAUGAUGAAAUAUUCAAUAGAUCAAAGAAUUUGGCUUUUAAUAAUGCUUCUAUUACAAAUGCUGUUACUACUUCGCAACAAACAACUCAGUAUAAUAAUAAUACAAGUUUCUAUAGUCAAUUACACAGUGCUUUAACUACGCCUUUAGGAAAUCAGGUUCGAACACCACAGCAAAACUUUUCCAAUUCUGCUGUGAUUUCUGCAAUGAUCAACCAUCUUACAAACGGUCCAAAUACUCCUUUUGCACAACAACAACAUCUUCAACAACAACAGCAAUCACUAUUUCAAUUUCCUCCAUCUUCAAAUAUGGCUAUAGCUCAUACAUUGGCUAUUUUAUCUUCACCUGGACUUCCACUAAAUGGGCAAUCACCAUUUCCAUUUGUCAAUCAGAUGGCAGCACUCCAAACACCAAAAUUUUCAACAGCCAGCUUACUCCCAGGCAGUGCUGCUGCUUUAACUGCUGCGUUAUCUGCUGCUCAACGUUCUCCAGAUUCAUUAAAGACUCCAAUGGGUGGAUUUAGUUUUGAGUUUGGACAAGCAUUAGCUGCUGCACAAAUAGCUGCUGCUACAAAUAAAAAGUUUGAAUUGUAAAAAAUAUUUUUUCCCGAAAAAAGAUUUUUCUUUAAGAUGACAACAACAAAGAUUCAAUGUCUUCUUUUUCGUCUCCUAAAAUUCUAUAGUAUAUAAACAACAACAACAAACACUUGUGUGUUUUUCUUUUAACUAAAAACACAAACACAACACACAAACAUUGUUUUGAUACAAACAAACAAACAUCAGAAAAACAAGAGAAAAACAAAUAAACUUGUGUGUUUUUCUUUUAAACAAAAACACAACACACAUUGUUUUAAUGCGGGUGUUUAUACAAGCAAACAAAAGACUUUUAUUCUGUUGUUUUUGAGACUAUAUUAUUUGACACCUACAUAUAAAAUACAUUUAAAAAUUUAUUUUUUUUUUGCAUUUAAAAAAAUUAUUUUUUUU